UAUUGCGUCGAUUCUUUUCCUUCUUUGAUUUUUGGCGAAGAUCGAUGGACUCCUGAUUCCUGAAGGCUGAAGCAUUGGCGCACAAGGAGAAGCAAUACCUCAAACGCGAAACAACUAUUGAUAUAGUAAGAUCGCGCGCAAUAAGGAACCCGUUCACGCUAAACAACUGAUAAUAUGGAAUUCAUACUCGAAGAAGGGAAACAUCUCCACGAAGAAUGUUCCACUCUUAUUCUGCCUGCAUUGUCGAUUGGGAACGUGGGGCAAUUAGCAAUAGAUCUCUUGGUCUCUUCUAUGGGAGCAGACAGAGUCGGCUAUUUGGAUGACCCCUUCGUUCUUCCCUGCGUCGGAAACGAUGCCUAUGGAUCGGCUUCGAGAGGAGAUCUUGCUUUGCCCCUUGAAGCAUAUGAUUCUCCUUCUAAUGCUUUGAGUCUAAUCCAACAAAGGUCCCCACUUGUUAAGGGAAAGAUGGUUGAAUUUGCAAAAAGUUUGGCUGAUUUUGCCAUUUCUAGUAGGAAGAACCAUGUUGUUGUGCUUUCUAGCUUGGAUGCUGGAAGGAGGAAGAGAAUUGACAUGUCAAGUGAAAUGCAAAUAUUUUAUCUCUCAAGUACCCACAAGGAUGGAACAGAUGAUCACUGUGAAAAGAUGGGAUGGAAGAGACUGCAGGAAUACAACCCUACUGAAAGGAAAUGGGAGUUUCUCAAUGAUCUAGCUGAGGGAAAGUUCAUUGAUGAAGGAAAUUGGCCUUCUGAAGAUGAAUUGAUUGACGAAGAUUACUACCCAAGUUUGCCAUUUGCUGCACUCUUCUCUUGUUUCAAGGCUAAAGGUCUGAAGGUUACUUGCAUCUUAUGCUAUUGCUCUGAAGGAGAUAACGUACCAGAUUCUUUCCAGUUGGCAGAGGCAACAUGCAAACUUCUAGGGCUGAGCAUUUCCAAUUUCCAUGGCAAGCAGGGUGGUGGAUGGCUCAUUCCGUUCUCAUGGACGAGUUUGUAUGGGCCACCUCCAGAUAACUCACUUUUUUAGGCCAGAUGGUUUUGAUGAUCCCCAAGGGUGAGCUUCUUUCAACUCUAAUGAGGACAAAUAGAAAAUUGUUGGGUAGGGGCAUCUUCAAACUAAACUUCGACACCAUUGUAUACCUGGGUGUCAUAGAGUGACUUCUUCAGUUGUGCGCCCCCCCUUCGAAAGAAUAAAAAAGGGAAAAGGAAGAAAGCAAAAGAUAUUGCAUGCAUGCAUGCAUGAUCAAGAAAAGUUACAGUAAACCAGGCUAUUCCAGGUGAUGCAUACAUAACUUUCUUAAUUCAUGUUUAAUCUAAUUGUUUGAAUCAAAAUUCGGUAUUAUGAGCCUUCUUAAAGAUUAUUCUCUUGGUUUAAUGGGGAUUACUUUUAUGACCUAUUUCAUAUACCAUUCGUUCUUGAGGUCA